UCCACUUCCCCAAAUUGUUCAUACAAAAAGAAAACAAAGCAAAGCCAUGGCUUCUUCUUCUUCCCCAUUAUCAUCCAACACAAUUACCACUUUUUACUCCACCGCCCCUUCAAUCUGUCAUAUCUUUCCAAACAAAACCCAGAUUUCCUUACUCAGAAAUCGUGUCAGAGGAUCAUGUAAAGCAACAAUCAAUAGUGACCAAAACCAUGUAAAAUUUGAUGGGAGGAGAAAUGCGCUUGUUGGUCUAGGAGGGCUCGCCUUGGCUAAUCUGAGCAGCAUAACAAGGCCUUUUGGUGCAGCAAAUGCGGCAGAGACCCCAAAAAAAGUAGCACUGGUGCAGAGCAGUGAGCUGCCCAUAGCUUUGGACUCGGUGAUCAGUGUGAUUGUGGAAAGGCCUAAGAAGUCGAGGAGCCAGAAGGAGAAGGAAGAGGAAGAGGAGGUUUUGGUGAUUGAAGGGAUUGAGUUUGUGGCAGAUAAGGCUCUGGUAUUUGAUGUGCAUGUGAACGAUGAUGAGAACUCGCUGAGUCGACCCGACAAGUCCGAGUUUGCUGGGAGCUUGGUGUUUUUGCCGCAGUACAAGAAGAAGGUGAAAACCAGCCUGCAUCUUGGGAUAACGAACUUGUUGGAGGAAAUUGGAGCUGACGAUGAGAGCUUUAUAAAGGUCACUUUGGUGCCAAGGUAUGUCCUGCGUCCUGUCACCAUUGGUGGGAUCAAGAUCGAUUAUUUUGCCUAGCCUUAGACUGAGCCUGCAACUAGAUAAUGAAUUAAGAUACUGAAUCAAGUUGCUCUGUUUCAUCCUCUAUGAGUUUGUGUAACACAUACGAGUUAAGUAGCAUUGUUCUGAUUAGUUAACCACAAAA